UGGCCUGCAUUUAUUUUUUGUUUCCCAUCCCUCUCCCGCUCGUUCUCUCUCUCUCUCUCAAUCUAUCUUUUUUUUUUUCCCUCCUUUCACUCUGAUUUCGGUCUGGUGGUUGAUUGCUGAGAGAGAGAAUCACUUUCAUCAGAUUCUUGCUCUGCCUUUUUCCCUAAGGACCAAAUGAUUGCAAAAGUUUAAGCCUAGAAUUGGGAUCUCUCCCUAGUCCCUUGAAUAAAGAUUGUUUAGUCCAGCCAAGCUACCUUUAACUUCAAUCUUUCUCAAGGUAUUAAGUGGUUUGGACAACACUAAUCGAGUUGUCUCAAUGUUCUAAUCAGCAUAUUUGAACAUAGAUCUAUUUGCACGCUUGCUGUGAAAAGGGUAAUCCUUGAGAUUUAGAAACAAGUCACAUGGGGAGGUAGUUUUACUUUAGGAAUGUCUUUCCGUGGGGGAGAGAGAAAGACAGAGCUUCAUGGGCUUGCAAAAGCAGCUUUUGCCGCUUUCAGUUACUUGGACUUCCACCGAGAUUGGGUCUUUGACUUUCGUACAACAACAGAGACAAGUUUUCUAAAGCGCCACCUUCUUCCCUAAGAAAACUUGUUAAGAGGUCAGGUCAAAUAUCAAAUCUUUGCUGAAUUACUGUGGUUACAAUUAGUCUUUCUUCGUACCAAUGGUUGUAAGAUGAAUUCUGCAAUUUUCUUUUAGAAGGUUUCACAAAUAUGCACAAGAAGUUGUUAUCAGAAAGCAACAUCCAGCUCCAAUCAACAGCUCAUGCUUGAUCGUUCGAAGAUAGGUAAAACAGUAAUUUCGAGCUAUUAUUUGGAGCCCGUAUCGAUGCAGUGGCAAUUUAGGAGUGGCUAUUGGAGGCUCCAAAAGACUCCCUCCAGAUGAAGGAAAAAAAAAAGUAAUAAUUUUGAUGACGAGGCAACAUUCCCUAUUAAAUCAGCAUAAUUACCAACCCACUGAAAAAAUCUUCCAAAUUCAUUGGAGAAUAAAAAAGCACUGUUCAUCGUGCAGUUGGGUUUUUUUAAUCACAGCAGCAAGAGGGGUUUUGGGCUGAAAAGAAGAGGAAAACAAGGGAGAGAAAGUGUCCUUGGGAAGCAAGAGAAAGAGGGAGAGAGGACAAAUUGCACUUUCCAAAAUAAAACUUAACCGAACUCCAUAAAUACACAGCUGGAGCCUGCGCAAGGAAGAUGCUAAUAGAAUCCUACUUCCACCCAACUCUUGGUUCGGAUUCUUUGUUUUUGUGGGAUUGAUCGACUGACUUAAGUAGCGAUGGACAAUGCUGGGGGUGGUAGGAAAAAUGGAGAAGGUCCCUCUGGAGUCCAUAAGUUUCGGGAGAAUCAUGACCAAAGGAUGGACUGURCAGACGAUCCAGCACACAACAGCUCCCGCACUUGUGAGUUUUCAGAGUCAAGAAUUCAGAUUUCUCCACAAAGCUCUGGCGCUCAUCGAGUCCUCAUCUCUAACCCUCAGUGUGCUGCUGCAUUCGGUGAAAAUGUGUUCCAUGAGACAGCGACACAAGUGAGGAUCUCGUGGAAUCAUGGUGGCAAUCAAGUGGCCGUCGUAGGAUCAUGGGACAACUGGCAGACUAGGGAGCUCCUGCAGAACACAGGUGAGCAGUUUGUGGUAAUAAAGACUCUGCCGGUCGGUAUCUACCGCUACCACUUCAUUGUUGAUGGGUGGUUGGUUUAUGCUCCAGAUCUACCCUGGGUUUCUGAUGAUUCAGGGAGUGCAUAUAAUAUAUUGGAUUUGCAGGGGCAUGUUUCUGAAUUGCCUGAAAGUAUGUCUGAGUUCAAAGUUCCUCCAUCCCCGCCCUCGAGUUAUGACAACCAAUACUUGAACGAAGAUGAUUUCAGCAGGCCUCCGCCAGACCUACCUCCGCAACUUCAAGGAACCAUUUUGAACGAUCCAUCUCCUUCGGUUGAGGGUCAACGGUUGCCAGUUACACCUCGGCGUACAGAAUUAAACCACCUCUACGUUCAGAACAAUGUCCGAGAUCAGUUUGUAGCACUUGGUUCUACUCACAGGAUUCGUGAAAAGUAUAUAACAAUGUUGCUAUUCAAGCCUUUGUCAAGAACAAGGUGAUAUCCACACUCUUUUCCUCCAAUCAAUUUUCAUUUUCAAAACCGAAAUUGAGUAAAAGCAGUCCUAAUGUCGCUGGAAGAGUUUCCAUCCUCACGAGUUCUGUAGGUUGAGGAAGACUUAGUGUAGCUAAAAGAGAUUCUUUCACACUGAGCAUCAUUAAUUCAAUUGCUAUUUAUUCUGGAGAUUACUGUCA